AAUUCAUCGACGAAAAUGAGUUCUCUCUUUGACGGUCUAGAGUAAAUAUAGAACUUAGACACUGGACUUCCGAGGCAACCUAGAAAUUUCUCAUAGCCGGCUUUGAACGACUCUCUCGUGACCCUCGAGUACUAUCUCUCCAGGAAAUGGAGAGUGAAAAACAUAAAGUGUUUGUUUAUGGGACACUUAAAGAAGGAGAGCCAAAUCAGCAUUGGUUGACCAACAAAGAAAAUGGUUCAGCUAAAUUAAUUGGACAAGCAACAACCACACAGGAAUACCCAUUGGUCAUAGCUUCAAGAUACAACAUACCAUUUCUUCUUGAUAAACCCGGAGUGGGAAAGGUGGUCACAGGAGAAAUCUAUGAGGUAGAUGAAACUAUGUUGAAAAACCUGGAUAUACUAGAGGACUAUCCAGAAUGGUAUGUCAGAGAAAAGAGAAAUUUCCUACUUAAAAAUGGGAUGGUUAAAACUGAGAUAACUGGGUGGGUUUAUCUCCUGAAAACAUACAAGGAUUCCUUACUUGAAUUACCUUUCAUGACCGAAUAUAAAAGUAAAGGGUCUCAUGGUUUGGUAUAUUGUGAACCAAUGAAGCGAGAUGAGGCAUAUGAUGCUUGUGCAGAUGUUCAAGGAACAUCAAACAUUUAAUCAAUAAACAUUGCAACAUUUUGAAAGACAAUUUGUACAGAUAAAAAAAGGGUGUGAAAUAAAACAGAAGUUAAGACCACACGCAGAGAUUA